AUGCCCGACGUCAGAAACUUCACCGCUCGCUGGAGCGUGCCUCCAUUCUCACUCCAAGGGCGUCAGCGCUCAAGGAGCGACUUCCUGGGCCUGCAGCGAGACAUGGCCGUUCCCUCCCAGGAGCAAACUCCCAAUUACACGCAGAAGCACAGACUGAAAUUUGUUAUGCUCUCCGGGAAGACAGAUGAGUGCGAUGGCUUCAAAGCAGACAGCCAGAAUUAUGAGUUCAAGGCCAAAAACAUCAAGAAGAAGAAGGUCAGUAUCGUGGUUUCUGUGGACGGAGUCAAGGUGACGCAGAGGAAGAAACAGAAGAGAAAAGAGUGGACCUGGGAUGAGAGCAAAAUGAUGAUCAUGCAAGAUCCAAUAUACAGGAUUUUCUACGUGUCCCACGACUCCCAGGACUUGAAGAUCUUCAGCUACAUUGCAAGAGAUGGCUCCAGUAAUUCCUUCAGGUGUAACGUCUUCAAAUCAAAGAAAAAGACACAGGCCAUGCGCAUUGUGCGGACAGUAGGCCAGGCCUUCGAGGUGUGCCAUAAGCUCAGCCUGCAGCACGCCGAGCAGGACGCCGACGGGCAGGCGGACGGAGAGAGCGACAAGUCGGCCGAAGAGCCCAGCAGCAAUGGUCGUAAACGUUCACAGAAAGGGGAAGGAGACAAGGACGGCAAACAUGGAGGAGGUCAAGGGGGAGAGGAACCCUCGGCCGGUGCUUCGCUUUGCGAGAAGGCAGUCAGCGAGAUUCUGCAAAGCCUGGCUGAACUGAACAUGGUCAAACCCGGACAGACUAUUAUGGACUUCGAUCGAAAGUCAGUUUUCACUGUGACGUCCCAAGGCCUGGCCCCGGGCAGCCCCUGCUCUCCGUCCCUCACGCCGCUGGCGUCGCAGCACUACCUGCAGCUUCUGCAGCAGCAGCUGCAGCAGCAGCAGCAGCACACACAGGUGGCCGUGGCACAGGUUCAGCUGUUAAAAGAUCAGGUGGCGGCAGAAACUGCCGCUCGUAUGGAGGCCCAGGCCCGCAUCCACCAGCUCCUGCUGCAGAACCGGGACCUGCUGCAGCACCUGGCCCUGCUGGUGCAGCAGCUGAAAGAGCUGGAGGACCGCUCCCCGAAAGCAAGCCUGCGGGAGGCUGACGCUAACGCACACGAUGCUCAGCUGCCAGCCUGUAGCCCCGUGCCUGCAUCGGCAACAACCCUAAAUCUGAGGAAUCACUACGGUCAGACCCUGGAGCAGCUGGUCACCUCCACGCCGGCGUGGCCCCACCAGACCUCCCCCCGGCCCCAGUCUCAGGUGGACUGCGCCGAGUCGUACCUCAACUUGGUCAACCUGGAGAACAGCGCCAAGCCGGCGGCGUCGCUCACCGACCUGGACCCGUUCAUCAGGGCCAACGGCGCCGCCCGGACCAGCCAGAUCUUCAGCAACGAGACCGUCCAGUCAUCGCCCAGGAACUCCUCCGGAACAGAGGAAAAAUGCAAACAGACGAUACCCAAACUUGACCCCCCUCCGCCCUCAAUGAACCGCAAGAGGGCCAGCAGGACGUUCUCCCCGGGGUCAGAGGUCCCGGCCGGGCCCGCGCCCGCCGAGGUGGGCGCUAACGAAGCGAGCCCGAGCCGCAGCAGCAGCCUCUCCUUCCCGGACGUGACCCCCGGCUCCCUGUCCUCCACCGACUUCCACUCCCUCUGCAACGGCGAGAGCAGCUCCUCGUCGGCCAGCGAGGACUCGGGCGUGCGCUCCGAGACCAAGUCCCAGCUCUCGCCCCUGCGCGACGACGAGGACGACCCCUUCGGGGACCGCGGGACUUUUCUGACGGCGUCCAGCGGCUGCGGGAGCCCCCUGGAGGAGAGGGUCCAAGCGGCCCUCGUCCCGUCCGAAUCGCCCCCCACCGAGCCCGAAACCCCGGGCUCUCCCUCGGACCCCUGUGAACCCCCGCCCUUCUCCUCCCCCUUGAAUGAUACCUGCCUUCACAUCAGUUUUUCGGAGGAUGAGCUGCUGGAGAGCAGCCAGGAGGACGCUAACGUCCCCCAGCGG